AUGGACCGGUUAGCACGUCUUCUCAGCUGCGUGCUGCUGGCAAUCCUCCCCCUCGCCGCGGCCCUGAAAUUCGACCUCCACCCAGUCGCACCACACGACUCGGCCAAGUACGAGCGAUGCGUUAGGAACUUUGUUGCCAAAGACCAGUUGGUGGUUGUCACGGCGAUUCUGGAUGGAUACCGCGGAGAUGGCCAGAGAGUGGAUAUGCAUGUACGUUGCAAUUCCAGCGCCAUGUCAACAGACCAGCACCAUGCGAGCAUUAUACUGCCUGAAGACAUUACUGACAACGACAAACAGAUCCGUGACGCAAUGGGCAACGACUACCACCGGCCCAAAGACGUAGUGGGCGAGAACCGCUACGCUUUCACCUCGCACGCCGACUCAGCCUUCGACGUAUGUUUCGAGAACAUCUUCACCUCGUCCGGCUCGUCCAAGAACAUCGCACCCCGCCACGUCGAGCUCGACAUUGACAUUGGCGCCGACGCCAAGGACUGGAACGCCAUCCAAGCCGUCGACAAGCUGAAGCCCGUAGAAGCUGAACUCAGGAGGAUCGAGGAGACGGUUGGCGAGAUUGUCACCGAGAUGGAUUACCUGAGGAGCCGGGAGCAGAAGCUGCGUGAUACCAACGAGAGCACCAAUGAGCGGGUCAAGUGGUUUGCGCUGGGCACGAUGGGUAUGUUGGUUGGACUUGGGGCUUGGCAGGUUGUGUACCUCCGCGCCUACUUCAGAAGCAAGCAUCUCAUCUAG